AUGAUUGUGGUUGCGUUCUCGUUCACGUUGGUUACGUGCGCGUUAUGGACACUUCUCCUUAACGCGCCGGAGUUGCGGCGAAUUUCAGAGACAGUGGCGUCUUGGCUGCUCGUGGCAUGGGUUUCCUACAAGCUGGCAAUCUACAUACGACGGACAGUGUUUGGCCGCACGCUGCCCAUUGCAGGGAAAGCGGUACUCAUCACAGGUUGCGACACUGGCUUCGGCAACCUCUUGGCAAGGAAGUUGGCUGCCAAAGGCUAUCACGUCUACGCCGGUUGCCUCUUCUCGCAAGGAGCAGGUGCCCAAGUGCUGGCAGAAUGCAGAGGUAUUCAAGUUAUCCAAAUGGAUGUCACCAGUGAUGAUGACAUCCACUCAGCCUACGAAGACAUCACCAAGAGUCUCGGACAAAACGUGCUGUGGGCAGUUGUGCUCAACGCCGGUACCCUCGACGUCGGUUUGGUGGAGUGGCAGAACUUGGAAAGCAUCCGGUCCGCCUUCGACGUGAACGUCCUGGGAGCCGUGAGAGUCUCCAAGAAGUUCAUGCCCCUCCUCAGGAAGUCACGGGGGCGCCUCGUGGUGAUGACAAGCUUAUUGGCUCACUUGACACUGCCGGGUGCCACGGUGUACUGCAUGUGCAAGCAUGCCACGUCCUCGUUGGCCGAGGGUCUACGUAGAGAGUGCGAUCCAUUCGGAGUUCACGUGAGCAGCAUCGAGCCAACGGGUUUCCAGACAUCACUGGUUGCUGGCGUCGUGGAGCGGAUGAAUGUCGACCUGAAGAACGUUCCCAGGGAGGUCCUUGAGGACUUCGGCAACCAUCGAAUUUCUGCGUUCUGCGACGUACUCAACCUUGUACUCCGGGGGGCACUCAGCAGUAACCUACAGCAGGUCAUCGACGUCAUGACGCUGGCCAUCGAAGAGUCAUCCCCUCGAAAUAUUUACUCGGCAGGAAGCACACUGCAAAGGUUCCUUUUGUUUUUGCCUUCAGAAUGGUUAGACUUUCUUCUCGCGUCUCCGUUUAAGUUCAUGAUGUGGUGGACGCCUGAUCGGAAGCCCUCGCUUUCGACUUAA